AUGACAACUACUUAAUCUUCAAAGACUUUCUCACUAGUUAAAUAUGAUACACCAAUUCUGGUCAGCAAAGCCUUUGGCAAGAGUAAGGCAGGAGCUAACUCUAAUGCCUCUUCUGCUGCCACCUCAGCUUCUUCAAAUAGAUCCAAGGAUGCUACUAGUACCAUGAGGACAGAGGAUUAUUUGAACUCAAUUUUACCUCCAAGAGAAUAUCAAGAUGGUGGUUAAUUAUGGGUAUAAUACGUAUCACCAACACCUGCUACAAGGAUCGAUGUCAUUAACCUUCAAGAUGAGUUAGAUAAAAAGCUCCAGGAACGCUAGGCUCGAGAGACUGGUAUUUGUCCUAUAAGAGAAGAACUAUAUUCAUAGGCUUUCGAUGAAUUAAUCAGAUAAGUUACGAUUAAUUGUGCAGAACGUGGAUUUUUACUCGUCAGAGUAAGAGAUGAAAUAAAGAUGACUAUUCAGGCAUACUAGACUCUCUACGAAUCCUCAGUUGCCUAUGGUAUGAGAAAAGCAUUAUAAGCCGAAUAACGAAAAUCAGAAAUGCUAAUCAAAAUAAACUAAUUGAAUGAUAAUUGCGAUGAAUUAGAGUAAGAAGUUGACGAUUUAAAAAGAAGAAUACAGUAACUGUUGAAAUAGGAGAAAAAGGAGAAGGAGCUAGGAGAAAAGAGGCAUUAAGACGAUAUGAAAUCGAUUAAUGAUGAUAAUCAGCUAUUAAAGAAUCAGUUAAAAGCUAUGCUCACUAAUGUUACCCAUUGA